UUUCCCGUGCGUUCAACCCAGAAAUAACUGUUUCAGCGAGUUACUCGUUGACUUUCUCAAACUGUGUGUUUCUUUUUAACCGUUUCUGGAAUUUGUGAUCGUCAUGGACACGAAGGCGUGGCAAAGGGUAUUGUACAUGACAAAAGUAGUGAUUUUUUAAAAACAAGGAAAGGGCAGAAAGGGCAGAACGAAGGUGUCCUAGGAUGGUCACAUGACAGACUGCUAAAGACAAAAGAUGGAGGACAAUUUGAAAGGGGAGCUAAGUUGCCCCGUGUGCAUGGAACUGUUUUCCCGCCCGCUGAGACUGGCGUGCGGCCACUCAUAUUGUCGCAACUGUUUGCUGGCCAUGGCGAAACGGUCCGUGCCCGGCGCCAUCUGUUGUCCAGAGUGUAGACGCGUUUUCCACAUUCCGUCUACUGGAGUAGACUCGUUCCCCGUCGACUUCAAGCUGUCCAAGCUGGUCGACGUGUUCAAGAAGAUGGAAGAGACUUAUGGGACGGGUGCGGAGCAGACGACACAAAACUCGAAUGUGGACUCUACAGCAAAAGAACGUGGAGUCAUAGCAGAUCAUGUUUCCAUCACACGACAAGAUGAAGAAAACGAACCAGACCGCCUAACAGACGCCAGCUCCAAUCCUCGGGGUACGACUGACGAUUCAGCAGCUACAAGUGAUCGUCCUGGUAACAGUCCGACAGACAUCACAGCAGCAGACGACAUCACUGGGGAUUUGCGUCAGACGUCCUUUCUCUCUUCUGGUACAAAUCUGCAGGAUACUGAGACACGACCUAACGAAUCUGAGACAUCGGGAGGCAGACGUUUGGCCGGAGAAAGUGACGACACUGGGACGGUACCUUCCGAAUUAGAAUUGUCCAGAAGAAGACCUCCAUCAGUUGAAAGCGAUGGUUUCGUGGUAGUACCCAAUGAGCCAGAGAGCUCUAGAAUCAGACGACCGGCCAGAGUUGUGACUCAGCAUUCUGACGACAGUGAUGAUGACAACUCUGGUCCUCGUGAUCAGCCUGGUGGACUUGGCAGGAGAAGACGUAAGAACAAGGUGCUACGGUUCUUUUCCUCCCUGUUAUCUUUGUCUUCCUCGGACGAUGAGGGGUGGGGAAGUUCGUCUAGUUCCUCUUCGGAUUCUAAUAUUUAUCGUCUUCCAGAAAAAAAUCUUCCACCUCUUAGUGAUGUUCGUUCAGAUCAUACUGCAGUACCUAGUGCAGACGGAGCUGCCGUAGAUAUAGAUAGAGAAACUAGUUUUGGUGGUAGAAGACCUGCGAAUACAGAUAGAACAACUGGAAGACAAGGUGGGUUAACAAUAAAUCCAGCUGGUUCUGAAAAUGGAAACAGAAAUAGCCCAAAUGUUUCCCGAGAUGUACUAACAUCUGGUGGAAACACGGGAUCUGCUGGUGAUAUAGAAACAGCAGCUGUUAGCAAUGUGUCAGCUGUCAGGGCAGAUGUAGAAUCUGGUAGUGAGUGUACAACAUCUGGUGCAGUUCCAGACACAUUCUCUUCUCCUGGUAAUGUCGGAACUUCGACUUGUGGACUUGCAGCAACAUGUAGUGGCGUUCCAGGACAUAUUGCUGGAGAAGGAGUAAAUUCUAAUAACGACAUGAUUAGAGGAGUUAAACCAGUAGCUAGUUUUAGUGGAUUAAGAACUGCGGCAACUGCUAGUGAACUUAGUGAUAUAGCUUCUAGAGGCACAAUAGCUGCUGAAAGAGAAAUAUCUAAUUCUGAAGCAAAUGUGGCCUCAGCAACACCAUCAGUUUCGUUUGUACACAGUACUCAAACACAUCCAAUAGCAGGGAGCGUGGCUGCUGCUGCUGAUACAACCGGGGGAAGCCAGCAGGACGUAAUGGCAUCAUCGAUGCCAAUAUCAUCGCAGCAGAGAACAGCGAGAAGGGUGGUGCACACAAAGAAGAAGAAGAAGCGAUCGCUGUUUUCGUUUUUUAAUUCGUCUUCCUCGUCACUUUCCGAGGAGGAGAUUCGUAAGGCGUACGGUUCGGACGACGAUCUGCUGACCGACCACACGGGAAGUCGUCUGCGCAUGCCUCCACGUCAGGACGAUGAUGACGAUGGACUUAUUCAGUAAAGGAUCGGAUUCAGUUUGGUGAUGAACCUGUAUGUUUGUACACGGUAGGAUAUAUAUAUAUUGCAGGGGUACAUGUCCAAGAGUCUGUUCGCAGAAGACACGAUUAUGGGGGUUAAUUUAUCUGGGGUCUGUUUGGAGAGAGCAGGAUUUCAGGACUAAUUGUCGUAGAGUCUGUUUUGAGAGGAUAGGAUUGCGGGGUAUAUACAGUCAACCAGAAUUCCCCCAAAACCGGACAUUUUUAACGGUCCUUUUUAAAAAUCGAUUCAGAACUUAACCUCUCAAAACCGGAUACCUCUUAAUACCGGACAUUUUACUUGGUCCUGAGGGUGUCCGGUUUAGAGGGGUUUCACUGUACCUCAAAGCCUAGCUACAGGUAUGGAGAAGUCGGGAUGUUGAGGAAAGUAAUUGUGUUGGAGUCUGAAGAGGGCAUUGUUAUGGGCUAAUUUCUCUGGGGUGUGGUAGAAGAGGACAUGAUUUCAGGGUAGAUACCUCAGAGCCUGUAGUGAGAAGAAAUGGUGGUAGUGGAGGUGUUUGUCCAGGAAUCUGUUUUGAGAGGGUAGAGUCAUGGGGCAGUUUCUCUAGGGAUCUGUUUCAGGAGGACAGGAUUGCAGGUAGAUACCCCAGAACCUGUAGGGAGAAAAUGUAGGUAUGGAGAAGUCGGGAUGUUGGGAAAAGUAAUUGUCUUGGAGUCUGAAGAGGGCAUGCUUAUGGUCUAAUUUUUCUGGGGUGUGUUAGCAGAGGACAUGAUUGCAGGGUAGAUAUCCCAGAGCCUGUAGUGAGAAGAAAAGGUGGUAGUGGAGGUAUUUGUCCAGGAAUCUGUUUUGAGAGGGUACAGACGUGGGGCAAUUUCUCUAGGGAUCUGUUUGAGGAGGACAGGAUUGCAGGUAAAUACCCUAGAACCUGUAGGGAGAAGACUGGGGGUGGGAGUUAUUUGUCCAGGAGUCUGUUUGUAGAGGGAACAAUCAUGGGGCAGUUUCUCUAGAGGUCUGUUUUGAGAGAACAGGAUUGCAGGGUAAAUACUCAGGAGCCUGUAGGGAGAAGACUGGGGGGGGGGGGGGGGGGGGGGGGGGUGUCCAAAAGUCUGUUUGGAGAGGGUACACUCAUGGGGCAAUUUAUCUAGAGGUCUAUUUUGAAAGGACGUGAUUGCAGGUAGAUACCCCAGAACCUGUAGGAUGAAGACGGGGUGGUAGAGGAGCUAUUUUUCCAAAAGUCUGUUUGCAGAGGGUACAAUCAUGGGGCAAUUUAUCUAGAGGUCUAUUUUGAAAGGACGUGAUUGCAGGUAGAUACCCCAGAACCUGUAGGAUGAAGACGGGGUGGUAGAGGAGCUAUUUUUCCAAAAGUCUGUUUUGAGAGGGUACAAUCAUGGGGUCUGUUUGAAAAAGAAGAAUUGCAGGGUAAAUACUAGUACCUCAGAGCCUGUAUAGAGAAGACGGGGUAGUGGGGGUAAUUGUACCGGAGUCUGGAAAUGCUGUGUUAUCCAGGAGAAGCUUGGUUUGCCUUGGGAUCUCUUUGGAGACAGCAGUAUAAUUGUUCAAGUGUCUUUUUGAAAAGGGCUGAAUUCUUCGAUAGUCUAGUUUCGAGAGAUCAGGCUUGCGGGGUAUUAUCUCUGAAGUCUGAUUGGGGCGGGUUGGGUAGCGAGGUGACUGCCCCAAAGCUAUGAGUGCAACCGUUCAUUUUCAUUUUAACAUAUGUUCAUGGUUUUAUUCAAUACUAGUAGUCACUGGGAAGGGUGUGGGGGGGGGGGGGGAGGGUGACUGAGAUCGAGGGUGCAAAGCAAAGUUUCUAAGGGGUUCGGGGUUAUGUUCCCCCGUAAAAUGUUUAAAAACUAGAUGCCCUGAAAUGCAAUUUACUGCAUUCUACAAUUAAAAUUCACCUUUGUCUUAAGAUUUACGAAGCGAUUUUAGCGGUACGAUCACCUUAAGUGCAUAGCUACCUUAUGGAGUUCAGAUUAUCUUAACGCUAAGAUCGCUUCGUGGAACGGAGCGGAGGUGAAGUGGAUUGUUCAGUCAGUUCCCCAUUCCACCCAUCCCCCCACCCCCACCCCCGAGCUGCAGGAAUAUAUCAAAAGUCGUGGUAACUGUUAUUGAUAAGGAGAGAAAUACUGUUUGGUAAUAUUGCAUAACAAACAUCUCCGUGCAUAUUGUUGCUUUUAGCUUGAGACUGUGAUCGGUUUGUUUUUAUAUAUAUAUAUAUGUUAAUUAUGCUUGGCACACGUGGAAGCAGGUGAAAUUCAUCGGAGAUCACGUGGUUUAUUAUAAUAUGCUUUCAGGACCGUAGCUAGGAUUUUGUGUGUGGUGGGUGGGUGCAGGGUGGGAGGAGGUGGAGGUGAAUUCUUGGAACGAUCGAGCAUGGAAGGCGCAAGACACAUGGGGGUUCGGUUGCAUGCACCUUCCCCCCUCUCCGAAAUUUUGAAAUCUAGAGGCUCUGCAAGACCAUUUUGCAGCCAUUUCAGGGAUGUUACAUACUUAAAACGUCAAUAUCAAUAACCAGUAAAUUGAUUUUUUGUCACCCUUGCACCACCACCACCCCUACCACACACACACACACACACACACACACACACACACACACACACACACACACUCCACUAGCUACGGCCCUGGCUUCUGCUCGGCCAAUUGAACUGUAUGGAUUUAUUUUUUUUAUCUACCUCUGCAUGUGUACAGGCAUGUUACGCAAAACGUAUUCCAUGUUUUUAUUCAGGUGUGGGUUUAAAUGGGAGUGUCAUUUAAAGAGGCAGUCGCACAGUUGCAUAGCGACCAAUUUUUUAAAUUCAUAUUCAGCCGCGGAUGCAGUAUUUCUGAAAGGGGGUCCAAAUCUGAAGUGGGGGGGGGGGGGGGGGUCAAGUGUGAUAUUAUUAUUUAAGCAUUUAGAACAGUUAAUAUAAUCACGUUUCCCCUUAAAGGUUAUGGGCGGUUUUCAAAGGGGGGGGGGGUCGGACCUCUGGACACCCCUGGAUCCGCUACUGAUAUUUCUUGUGGAAUGUAAUGAUUAUACCUUUGAUUAAUGCCCACAAAAAUUUCUAGAAAUAAUUUUAUUUAAUACUAUUUAUAAAUGGCAUGAUGGCAUCACAAUUCUUUGUUUGAAUUUGGAUCAAUUAUUAACAUUGACAAAACAACUAGAUGCCAUUCCAGUGGAUAUGUGAUGAAUAUUCUCUAUUUAUUUUAUAUUUUUCAUCAUUGGUUUAUAAGGAAACCAAUGUUUAACUAUGCGAAUGCUCAUUUACGAUAAUCCAGUGCCUUAUUUUCUUUGCAUUUUAUGAUAUGGCAGUAUUAUAACAGACAACUAUGCAUAUACAAUAAUAAUAUUAUACAUGUAUAACGAAUAUUUGUUAUUAAAAUUUGGUUUGCU